AUGGACCCCGCGCUGGCGGCGCAGAUGAGCGAGGCGGUGGCCGAGAAGGUGUUCCGGUACCGGCGGGACGAGUCGGGCUGGAAGACUUGCCGGGAAGGCAACGGAGUGACAGUCUCCUGGAGGCCGUCCACGGAGUUCCCGGGGAACCUGUACCGAGGCGAAGGCGUGGUGGACGCGGCCCCGCGAGACGUGUGGGCCUUCGUGAAGCCGUUUCCCGGGAGCCUGCGGGAGACCUGGGAUGAGAACGUGAGCAGCUUUGAGGUCAUCGAGAGCAUCAGUGACACCCUGUGCGUGACCCGGACCGCCACGCCCUCGGCCGUCAUGAAGCUCAUCUCCCCGCGGGACUUCGUGGACCUGGCGCUGGCCACGCUGCAGGAGGACGGGGCCCUCAUCUCCUGCGCUGCCAACCUGGAGCACCCGCUGUGCCCCCCGCGACCGGGCUUCGUGCGGGGACUGAACCACCCCUGUGGCUGCUUCUGCGAACCCGUGCCAGGGGAGCCGGGCCGGACCCGGCUGGUCGCCUUCUUCCAGACGGACCUGGGCGGGCUGCUCCCGAAGCGCGUGGUGGACGGCUUCUUCCCCCGCAGCAUGGCCGGCUUCUACGCCAACCUGCGCCGCGCCGUGAGGCUGGAGCCGGCGCCGGCAGAGGGCACAGAGGACCCGGGGCCCAUCCAGUGA